UCAUUGCUACAGAGGAAAGGCAUCUUUGAACACAUGGUUCCUCCUUCACUUCUCUCAGAGAGGAGAGGAGCAGCUAUGAGUCUAACUGCAGCAGCGAGUGGAUUAGUCGUCUUCCUGCUCUCUGUGUCAGUGGUUCAGGGUCAACGUGGCUGGGGAGUGAGUUACACUUCUACUGAGAUCUGUGCAGUGAAAGGAUCAACAGUGGAGAUAAACUGCAGCUUCACAUACCCAUCUACAUUGAGAGGUCGUGUUAACACAUUAGAGAAAACAUUCUGGUUCACUAAAAAGAAAGAUGGUGAAUUUGUAGAUCUGACCACAGACUCAAAGUAUGCAGGUCGUGUAGAGGAUCUCUGUGGAAACAACAUCUGCACUCUGAGAAUCAGAAACCUGACAGAGAGCGACUCAGAUCAGUACAGGUUCAGGAUCAUAACAAACCAAGAUGCAUACUGGGGUAAUCCUGGAACCACUCUGUCUGUUACAGAUCUCCAGGUGGAGGUGAGCAGAUCAGGAUCGUCUACUCUCCUUCAGUGUCUCAGCAGAUGUUCACCUGGUCAAACUUCCUACAUCUGGUUUAAGAACAGACAGGAAGUGAAGGAAGGCACAUCUUCUUAUGCAGACUUCAGAUAUGAGUCAGCAGACAGUUAUUCCUGUGCUUUGAAGGGAUAUGAGGACUUCCCCUCUCCUUCAGUGUAUGCUCCAAAGCUCCCCUCUGUGUCAGUGAGUCCCUCUGCUGAGAUAGAGGAGGGCAGUUCAGUGACUCUGACCUGUAGCAGUGAUGCUAACCCAGCAGCUAACUACACCUGGUACAAGGAGGAUGAAGACUCUCCAAGAGCUUCAGGACAGAUCUUCAACAUCACUGACUUCAGAGCUGAACACAGUGGGAGUUAUUCCUGUGGAGCCCAGAACAAGUUAGGACGUAGUUACUCCACCUUUCAUCUGAGUGUUGGAACAGGGAGUUCAACAAUGAUGGUGAAUAUCAUCAGGACGACUCUGGGGGUCUUGAUGCUGGUUCCUGUGUUUCUCCUGAGUCUCUGGACGAGGAAGAAGAAAGCUCUGCGCUCCACCACUGAAGCACAUGAACCUGAAGAGAUAGAGUUGGACUCUAUUCCUGAGUAUGAGAACGACUCACACACUGCAGCACAGAGAGAAGACACAGAGGAGCAGGAAGACAUGGUGUGAAGUCCAGUCAGAUGCUCACCUGAUGGAAACAAAGAAGAAGGACGUUGAAAUGUCCCUGAGGAGAGCGAGGCUGUGCACGAUGUGUGCGAAGUGGAUAUAUUCACGUUCAACUCUUAAAGUUUUUAUUGUCAGUGUUCAGUAGCAGCAGCUUGUAGGUUUAGAAGAAUGAGCUGCUGGCAGCUUGAAGUGAAUCAUGUCGAGGUGUCAAACAUGAUUUAUCGUUAAGACCAGCCGGUGGUCAGGUGCUCUAUAUUACUGCUUCAACUAUGUGUACAUGCUUAUUUGUUAUAUGCAGACUGCAGAGUUGUUGAUAUUACAAAAG